GUUAACACAAAAACUUGUUGGAAGGAGAAGUUGAGUGUGCAAGCUCCAACUCUUUCAAAGGUCGGUGUAUGACUUUUUCUUCAUGAACGUCUCACUGACUCCCCAAGGAUGUGCUUGUUCCUGAAAUGACUGCGUCUGGGAAAAACAUACUGACAUUGGCUCAAUUUCUUGAUUUGCCCUCCAUGUGACCUUGGACAAAGUCUAAAGAUGGAUUUUAAAAUUGAACACACGUGGGAUGGUUUUCCAGUAACGCAUGAGCCAGUGUUUGUCAGGCUGAAUCCAGGUGACGGAGGAGUGAUGUUGAAAGUCAGUGCUCCGUUUUUCAAUGAUCCUCCAGCCCCACUUGGAGAACCAGGAAAGCCUUUCAACAAACUGUGGGAUUAUGAAGUUGUGGAAGUAUUUUUUUUGAAUGACAUAACUGAACAGUACUUAGAAGUUGAACUUUGCCCCCAUGGACAGCAUUUGGUGCUUUUAUUAUCUGGAAGAAGAAAUGUGUGGAAACAAGAACUUGCUCUAUCAUUUGAAGUGUCCAGAGGAGAGACAAAAUGGGAAGGUAGAGCUUAUCUUCCUUGGAGUUAUUUUCCACCAAAUGUGACAAAAUUCAAUUCAUUUGCCAUUCAUGGAUCAAAAGAUAAAAGAAGCUAUGAAGCUCUUUACCCUGUACCUCAGCAUGAACUGCAACCAGGACAAAAGCCUGAUUUCCAUUGUCUGGAAUACUUCAAGCCUUACAGUUUUAACACACUGCUUGGAGAGGAGUGGAAACAACCAGAAUCCGACCUGUGGCUAACAGAGAAGCCUGAUGUGUAGGAGUAUAGUAGAUGACCAUAUCAGUCAUUUCUUCCCUAUACCCUUUAAGGUAAAUCAAUAAUAAGUAUAAUCUCUUUCAAGAUAACGUGAAAACAUUUCAUCAAUAAAUAUUUUCAUAAAGGUCAAUGAAAAUAUAGUAUCCCUCUGGCAAAUUGUAUAUAAAUUAACAAGAAAAUGAAAAGUUGGAAGAUGAUUGUGUCUAGAAAGUUAAAAUUUUUCUCAUUUAGUCCAGGGGCCAUAGUGUCAAUGAAUUCUGUCAUCUGCUUCGCAUCACCCUUCCCCCAAAUAUCCCUGACUGUCAAUCGAAUCGUUAUUUCUCUUUCCACUUCCCUAAACCGCAGCCAGCCUGAGACAGGAACAUUUUAUUUGCACAUUUUGAACUCCAUGUACAUUAAUUAUUUACUCAGAAUCUUUUGUCUAUCCUUGAACUGAGUAGAAAACAAUGACCUAUUUCAGCGGAACAGGAAAUCCACAUCUGCUAAGGCAUCAUUAAGAUACAUGUGUUAUUUAACUAGCUAUUUUUCCUGUCUUAUGACUAUUUUUACUUUGUAGAAGGAAUGGAAUUCAGGGAACAACUUCUGCUUUUGUUUAUAAAGAAACACCAUUUUCUUAAUGCUA